AUUGUCGCCAAGUCAGUACCUGAACGGAGCCUAGACGGUGUCGCACACUGUGUACACAGUAAUCCACAUCAGUUUAGAAGCAACACCAGAUUCAAGUGGAAACUUUAAAGUUUCGCAUCCAUAAACGGAACAGUCAGGCAUGGAUGUCAUGGUGACGGAGGAGGAAGACGACUGCCCGGAGCUGGUGCCCAUCGACGCCCCGCCUGCUCGUCCUGCAGAGCAGAUACCAGUGACCAUCAUCACAGGCUACCUCGGUGCUGGAAAGACGACACUCCUGAACUACAUCUUAACAGAGCAGCACAACAAGCGCAUCGCUGUCAUUCUCAAUGAAUUUGGAGAGGGCAGCGCCCUCGAGAAGUCCCUCGCCGUGAGCCAGGCGGGCGAGCUGUACGAGGAGUGGCUGGAGCUGAGAAACGGCUGCCUCUGCUGCUCCGUCAAGGACAACGGUCUUAAAGCCAUCGAGAACUUGAUGGAGAAGAAAGGGAAGUUUGACUACAUCCUCCUGGAAACGACAGGACUCGCUGAUCCAGGAGCCGUGGCCUCCAUGUUCUGGGUGGAUGCAGAGCUCGGCAGUGACAUCUACUUGGAUGGCAUCGUCACUGUCGUGGACGCCAAGUAUGGACUUCAGCAACUAACAGAGGAAAAAACGGACGGACUCGUCAACGAAGCAGCCAGGCAGAUUGCUGUCGCCGAUCUGACCAUAAUCAACAAGACGGACCUGGUGAAUGAGGAGGAACUCGCUCGAAUCCGAGAGGCGGUCAGGUCUGUAAAUGGUCUUGUCAAGAUCGUGGAAAGCCAGAAGUCCAGGGUGAACCUCUCUGAAGUGCUGGAUCUGCAUUCCUUCGACAGUAAGGACGGAGCCAAUCUCGCUGAGAAGCUCCAGCUUGUGAAAGACACGAGACCACAUCUCGACAAGAGUAUUUUAACUGUGACGUUUGAAGUGGCCGGAGAUCUCUCGGAGGAUGCGCUCAAUGUCUUCAUCCAGGAUCUCCUAUGGGAGAAGAUGUUCAAAAACAAAGAGGGGCAACCCAUGACUGUCAUUCGGUUGAAGGGCAUAGUAUCAUUUGCAGGUAAAGCCCACCAAGUGAUGCUGCAGGGGGUCCACGAGCUGUAUGACCUGAAUGAGACUCCGCAGCUUUGGGGGGAGAACCCGCGGAUCAACCGGCUGGUCUUUAUAGGUAGGAACCUGGACAAGAACAUUCUGCAGGAACAGUUCAUCUCUACAGUGGUGGAAGGAGCACAGGGAAAUUAGCCACCAACGUUCUCUCCUCUUUGCGUUGAAACCGGACCGUUCUAGGGGGGGGAAGUCAUGGCUUUUGUCCAUGUUUGGAUCUGUGUUCCAGACGUUCACUCCCUUCCUACAUGAGUGCGGUACACCGGUGGAUGGUAAUGGUUACCGUCAUGAUCAAUGCAGUAGUUUCAAGUUGUGAUAAUCCUACAGUACCUGCUUUAAAAGCUACAGAAUAUCAAAGAGUGUAUAAGUUGCCGUAGUGUCUGAGCUAAAUGCUGAGUGCCACCCUGGAGAGCUACUAGGAACAUGCACUAGAAUGUGUACACACACAAAGAUGCAACAACAAAAAUAUUGUGAUUUAAAUAUUUUCAUAAAGAUGGCUUUGUAAAAAUCUGCCAUCUUCUAAGGUUGGGAGUCCAAGUAGUGUGAGAAUGUGCCAAGGCACUUACACAAUGCAUCACAUGUGGAACAAGACUGUACCUUGGAAACAAGUAGACACGCUUCGGUUUCUGACUUUUAACAUCUGUAUUUUUUUAAAAUUAUUUAAAAUAAACUUCUUUUUCCUGAAUAAAA